UGUGACGCGGGUACGCACACAGACACCGGGGCUGUGCUGGAGUUUGACGUGGCACUCUCGGCACGCAAUUCAACAGCAGCGGUGGAAGGGACGCCCGUAUCAUCAUUUUCUUUAAGUUUAGUGUCAAAGUUCCUGAUCACACGUGUGUAGGGCUGAGCAAAUGAUAUCAGGUCACCGUUUUUGUUCCUGAUUGGAAUGAAAGAAUAACGGCAUGAUGAGUCAGCAGGGUUAUGUUGCUACCCCUCCAUACUCCCAGGCCCAGGCUGGAAUGGGGGGAUACACUACUGGCUUUGGAAACCCCCCACCUCAGUCCCAUUAUGGGGUCUAUGGAUCUCCACCACAAGCUUAUUCUACCGCUCCUACAGGUGUGCUGAAACCACCUGCUUCUCCUUCUGGAAUGCCCCCACCACCAACAUCCAGCCAGUACGGAGCGCACAUUCAGCAGAAUGGUGCCCACAGUUUUCGACAUCCUCCUGUUGCCUCCGCUCCCUCCAUGUCUCCUUACGGGCAGCCUCCUCAAACCGCUUAUCAAAGCAUGGCACAAGCUCCACCCCCAACUCAACAUAUGACCAAUCAAAUGAGUGCUAUGACACAAGCUCCUCCUCCAGCUCAACAGCUGACCAAUCAAAUGAGUGCCAUGAACAUUGCAGGUUAUGGCCCAAGGCCCAUGCACGCCCCCCAGUCCCCCUCCAGCGCAGCGGCACCCCAACCAUUUCAAACACCCCCACCACCAGCAAUGGGACAUCCUUCACUGUCUCCCCUAGGACAACAGCCACCCUCAAUGGGAUCAAUGGGAAUGGCUGGCCCACCUGGACCAGGUGUUACUCUGGGGGGAAGCGUCCACCACCAAGCACUUGGACCCCAAAGCUAUCCACAGCAACCAGGCCCAUUUGGUGGACAAAUGGCAGGACCGCAGAUGGCAGGCCCACAAACAGGUGCUUUCCCAGGAGGCUUCCCUGGAGGUCCAGCCCAAAUGGCAGGCCCGCCUCAAAAGAAGCUAGACCCUGAUUCUAUUCCAAGCACGACGCAAGUGAGUGAAGAUGACCAGGCUAGAAGAGGAGGUCAGGUGUAUGCUACAAACAUCAGAGGUCAGGUGCCUCCACUGGUCACCACAAAUUUUACCGUACAGGAUCAAGGAAAUGCCAGCCCAAGGUUCAUGCGAUGCACAACAUAUUCCUUCCCAUGCACGGCUGAUCUCGCAAAGCAGUGCAAAGUUCCUCUGGCUGCGGUUAUUAAACCAUUUGCCACUUUGCCCAAAAAUGAGACGCCUCUGUACAUUGUAAAUCAUGGUGAGGUCGGACCAAUCCGCUGCAAUCGCUGUAAGGCCUAUAUGUGCCCUUACAUGCAGUUUAUUGAUGGAGGACGACGGUACCAGUGUGCCUUCUGCAGCUGUGUCAAUGAAGUUCCAGUGCAGUAUUUUCAACAUCUGGACCAUAUGGGGAGAAGAAUGGAUCUGUAUGAGAGACCAGAACUGUCGUUGGGCUCUUAUGAGUUCGUUGCCACACUGGAUUACUGCAGGAACAAUAAGCCUCCAAACCCUCCUGCCUACAUCUUCAUGAUCGACGUCUCCUACACCAACAUCAAGAGUGGACUUGUCCGACUAAUAUGCCAAGAGUUGAAGACGUUGCUUGACCGACUUCCCAAAGAGGAGGGAGCAGAUAGCUCAGUCAUCAAAGUGGGCUUCGUCACAUAUAACAAGAUUUUGCACUUCUACAAUGUGAAGAGCGCUCUGGCACAACCACAGAUGAUGGUGGUCUCUGAUGUGGCCGAGAUGUUUGUACCACUGCUCGACGGAUUCCUAGUCAACUUCCAGGAGUCCCGGGCUGUUAUCAACAAUCUGCUGGAUCAAAUCCCUGACAUGUUCGCUGAGACCAAUGAGAGCGAGACUGUUUUUGCACCCGUCAUUCAAGCUGGUGUCGAGGCACUGAAGGCUGCUGAAUGCAGUGGGAAACUCUUCAUCUUCCACUCCUCCAUCCCAACAGCAGAGGCUCCGGGAAAACUCAAGAACAGAGAUGACAGAAAACUAGUUGGCACGGAAAAAGAGAAGACUCUGUUCCAGUCUCAGCGGGGUGUGUAUGAACAGCUGGUUAAAGAUUGUGUAGCACAGGGUUGUUGUGUCGACCUCUUCCUGUUUCCCAAUCAGUAUGUGGAUAUGGCCACCAUGGGUGACGUGCCCACGCAUACUGGGGGCUCGGUCUACAAGUACAGCAACUUCCAGGUGGAUGUUGAUGGUCGGUAUUUUCUUAAUGAUCUCAGGAGAGAUGUGGAGAAGUCCAUAGGAUUUGAUGCCAUCAUGCGUGUCCGGACUGGCACAGGCUUCAGGGCCACAGAUUUCUUUGGCACGGUCUACAUGAACAACACCACCGAUGUGGAAAUGGCCGCGGUGGAUUGUGACAACGCGGUGACUGUCGAGUUUAAGCACGACGACACGCUCAGCGAGGAGUCCGGGGCUGUUUUACAGUGUGCACUGCUGUAUACCACCGUGAGCGGAGAGAGACGCCUGCGAAUCCACAACCUCAGUCUGAACUGCACCUCCCAGCUGUCUGAACUUUACAAAAGCUGCGAGACAGACGCCCUCAUCAAUUUCUUUGCCAAGUCAGCCUAUCAGGCCAUGCUCAGCCAGCCACUGAAGACGGUGAGGGAAAUCCUGGUCAACCAGACCGCUCACAUGCUGGCCUGCUACAGAAAGAACUGUGCCAGUCCCUCAGCUGCCAGCCAGCUAAUCCUGCCGGAUGCGAUGAAGGUGUUCCCUGUCUACAUGAACAGUCUGUUGAAGACUCCAUCUCUAGUAGGCAGCGGUGAGCUCUCCACAGACGACAGGGCCUUCUACAGACUCAUGGUUAUGGCUAUGGGAGUGGAGGAGACGCAGGUCCUGCUGUACCCACGGCUCAUCCCACUGCACAAUAUGGAUGUGAGCAGCGAGUCUAUACCACAAGCGGUGCGCUGUUCUGAGGAGCGACUCAGUGAGACGGGCGUCUUCCUGCUGGAGAACGGCCUCUUUAUGUUCCUCUGGUUGGGACAGGCAUGCCCGCCCGACCUGAUCCAAAAUCUCUUCAAUGUGCCAUCUGUGGGCCAUCUGGCGACAGAAGGACAGACAUCAUUACCUGCGCUGGAUAAUCCUCAUUCCAGGAAACUUCAUUCAAUCAUCUCCAGCAUUUCCCAGCAGAGGGCCAAAUCCACGAAGCUGCUGAUAGUGAAACAGAAAGACAGAGGAGAGACGUCGUUCCGUCAGCACCUGGUGGAGGACAAGGGUCUUCACGGAGGGGCAUCUUACAUGGACUUCUUGUGUUUCGUCCACCGCGAGAUCAGACAGCUUCUUACUUAACCAGAGUAAAAUAAUGUUGUAACAGACAGCCUCCUUCAUUUCUAUCAUGUAAAGCUGCCUAUAAUAUAUGACCAAAAUCA